GCGACUGAAAACGAAGACUCGCUGGCAAGGAUGGCGGAGCCAGAAGUGAAGAAGGUGAUCAAGCUUGUUCCAGAGAAUCUCCUGAAGAAGAGAAAAGCGUAUCAAGCGAUAAAAGCAACACAGGCCAAGAUCGCGCUUCUUGAAAAAAGAAAAGUACAGAGAGGUCGGCCUUUGAAAUUCAAGCGCUUGGAGGAGUUCCUGAAAGACAGCAGACGGAAGCACCGCGAUGAAACGCGCAUCAGGAGAGCCGCCCACAGACCCCCGCCCAUGCUGCCUCCCGCCAAGAACCGCCUCGCCUUCGUCGUCCGAAUCAGAGAGAUUAAAGGCGUCAGCCUCAGGGUCCUGAAGGUCAUUCAGAUGUUGCGACUGCGGAAGAUCUUCAGCGGCACCUUCGUCAAGAUCAACAAGACCUCCCUCGGCAUGCUGAAGGUUGUGGAGCCUUACGUGGCCUGGGGGUACCCAAAUCUAAAGUCAGUACGAGAGCUGAUCCUGAAGAGAGGACAGGCAAAGAUUGACAAACGAAAGGUUCCUCUAACAGACAAUACCAUCAUUGAGCAGCAUAUGGGCAAGCAUGGUAUCAUCUGCCUGGAAGACCUGAUCCACGAAAUCUACUCAGUUGGGAAGAACUUCAGAGCAGCCAAUAACUUCCUGUGGCCGUUCCCACUGUCAGUAGCCCGCCACGCAGCCAGGGACAAGGCUGGCUUGUUACGAGAGAUAGGAGAACCCGGAGCCAGAGCCGAGGACAUCAACAGGGUCAUCAGGCAGCUCAACUGAUUGGGCAUCGCCGUGAUUCCUGUCUGCCUGAUGGGCACAGUAACACCAACAGACUGUAAUUUGACCAUAUGAGCUGUGAUGUCCCUGAACUGCGCUGGGACAAGCUCACGCCGGUGGACUGAAAAGGCAUGUUUUCCCUGGCCACCACAUUAAUGAAGCGGGAAAGUAAUGCCAGGCAAAGGCAGAUUUUCCCUCACCACCUCCAUGGAAGCAGUGUGUCUGGAUUUGAAUUCCCACAUUUCCCCCAUGGAGGACUCGGCUAACUUGUUGGAUUGGGACAGUAUUGGGCCUGGAAUCGGUGUUGGGGGAGGAGGAUGUAACCUACCAACUCAGCAGCUGAGCUUUGAGUGCUGAUCUUGGUUUUUGCAACCAGUCAUUGUCAAAAGAUAAAAGCAAAGCCAUCAAUAAACAGUAUACCCUUUUCCGAUUGACUUAAAAAUA